UUGAAAAAUUUUCAUAUGCUCAUGGAAUUAUCUCAAAAUGCAGGUAGCAAAGUGGAAGAACACAAGUCCUCCGGAGACCCACUCGCGUCCAUGGUGAAAGCUGGGGCUGUCCUCAUGGUCUGCAGGACAUGCGGCAAAAAGGGUGAUCAUUGGACUUCAAAAUGUCCUUACAAGGAUCUGGCCCAGCCAACCGAUACCUACAUCGACAAACCUCCAACAGCAGAAACUUCUACAGGUGCUGCCGGCAAGUCGACCUAUGUUCCUCCAGGCAUGAGAGCAGGUGCUGAUAGGAGCGGCACCGAGAUGAGGCGCAGAAAUGACGAGAAUUCGGUGCGUGUUACGAAUCUUUCUGAGGACACAAGGGAGCCCGACCUUCACGAACUUUUCCGCACCUUCGGUCCGGUGAGCCGUGUUUAUGUUGCUGUGGAUCAGAAAACUUCGGUGAGCAGAGGGUUUGGGUUUGUAAACUUCGUCCACCGAGAGGAUGCGGAGAAGGCCAUUAAUAAGCUGAAUGGGUAUGGUUAUGAUAAUCUCAUUCUCAGAGUUGAGUGGGCUACUCCCAGGCCUAAUUGAGUUGGUUUAUUUGUGGAUUAUUAUGGGUUUGCUUUAUUUGUUGCUGCUGUGUUUUCUGACGUUUGCAUGUAUUUUCCAUAUAUUGUAGAAACCUUUAAUAUAUUUCAUUUUUUUGCCCAACUUAUAAAGCAUGGUUGAAAUUUGGUUGGA